UCCACCAAUGGAAGUCUGGGCCGGGCUCAACACCCAUUUUCGGGAUUCUCCUUAUAAACCCGGUUUAAUAAAUCCUCCAGCCUCUACUGAUAAUUUUCUCAAAGAGUGAUUAACCCGCGCUACUGCUGACUCUGUGCUGAAUAUUUAAUGAGCUCCAGGAUGGACAACAAGUCUUAUUUGGUGAAGAUGAACGGGAACGGCGUCCUGAACGGGACCGGGGUCAACGGGAAGGUGGUGCACGGGAACGGAGUCCACCACGUCAGCGUGAAAGGCAGCUUCAUGUAUCCGACCAAGACAAAGAGUCGCAGGCAGCGGUGGGAGGUGAAGGCCUCGGAGAUGGCCAACAACACGCUCAACCCCAUCCGGGCCAUCGUGGACGGGAUGAAGCUCACCCCGAACCCGGAGAAACCCAUGAUCGCCCUCUCCAUAGGGGACCCCACCGUGUUUGGAAACCUGCCCACGGACGAAGGCGUCCUCCAGGCCAUGAGAGACGCCAUCGACUCACAGAAAUACAACGGCUACGCUCCUUCUGUCGGUUACCUGAAGAGUCGACAGGCCGUGGCCAACUUCUACAGCUGCCCCGAGGCUCCGCUGGAGGCUGAGGAUGUGAUUUUGACCAGCGGCUGCAGUCAGGCCAUUGACCUGGCUAUCAGUGUCCUGUGCAACCCAGGGGACAACAUCCUGGUCCCAUGCCCGGGCUUCUCCUUAUAUAAGACUCUGGCUGUUUCCAUGGGCAUCGAGGUCAAACUCUACAACCUGCUGCCUGAGAAGUCGUGGGAGGUCGACCUGCAGCACAUGGAGAGUCUGAUAGACGAGAGGACGUCCUGCCUCAUCGUCACCAACCCGUCCAACCCGUGUGGCUCCGUCUUCACCAAGGAGCAUCUGCAGAAGAUCCUGAAAGUGGCCUCCAAACACUGCGUUCCCAUUUUGGCCGAUGAAAUCUACAGCGACAUGGUUUUCCCGGGCUGUGACUGUCCCUCCAUGGCUUCCCUCAGCAGCGACGUUCCCAUCCUUUCCUGCGGUGGUUUGGCUAAACGCUGGCUGGUUCCCGGCUGGAGGCUGGGCUGGAUCCUCGUCCACGACAGGAACAACGUGUUCGGAUCAGAGAUUCGUCAGGGUCUCGUCAAACUGACUCAACGUAUCCUUGGAGCCUGCAGCAUCGUCCAGGGAGCUUUGGAGAGCAUCCUCAACAACACGCGCCCCCACUUCUACAGCAACACCAUCAGCUUCCUCAAGUCAAACUCAGAGAUCUGUUUCGGUGAACUCUCCACGGUCCCCGGCCUCAACCCUGUGAUGCCUUCAGGAGCCAUGUACCUCAUGGUCGGCAUCGACAUGGAUCACUUCCCAGACUUUAAGAACGACGUGGACUUCACUGAGCGGCUGGUGACGGAGCAGUCUGUCUUCUGUCUGCCCGCCACGGCGUUCGAGUAUCCCAACUACUUCCGCAUCGUGGUGACGGUGCCGGAGGAGAUGAUGGUGGAGGCCUGUGCUCGGAUCAGGGAGUUCUGCCAGCGCUACUAUCGGCCCCGUAGCUGCGACAGCAACGAUCUGGACCAGUGAUGAAGACGAAUCCUGGGAAACCUUCAGUCCAUCACCUUAUAAUAGUCACAACACACGGCUGGUUAGCAACGGAUCUGAAUGUAAUUUUUGAUGUAAACUGUAUGAAAUGGGCAAACUUAAUAUUUAUAUUUUAUACCGGGCAACUUAUAUUAACCUUACUGCUUUCUUUUUUCUUUUUUUUGUUGUAUAUUUAUAUAAUGCAAGUGAAGUAUCACACUCAUAGAAUUUAGCCGCCGCUUUCUUCUCUAGUCGACAACUUCCUGAUCUAAAUCUGAAGGGAGUCACCGUCUGAACGUGAAACACUAUCAUGAAUCUUCUGCUUCACUAACAGGAGCAGGAGCACGGCCUUUUUAUUUUAUUCUCUCUUUUUGUUGUUGUUAUUAUCUAAAUAAACCAUGUUGACCUGA